UUUCCUGCUUUUCCUAUUUCUCUUAAAUUAAAAUGGCCUGCACUGCUCAAAACUAGGCAGGCCACGGCCCCUGCUAUCAGUUACAUAUAUUAUGCAAUUUGCUGGUGAAUUACACAAAAAAUUUAGAUCGGUCACAUGUGCAAAGUAAUGAUCACACCAUUCACUGGUAAAUCAUGCAAUAAAUUUAAACUGGUCACAGGUGCGAAGUAACAAUCACACCAUUCAUUGGCGAACCGUACAAUAAAUUUAGUGCAGUCACACGUGCAAAGUACUGAUCACACCAUUCAUAGUGAAUCCCAUAGUAAAUUUAGACUGGCCAAGCUGCAAAGUAAUGAUCACACCAUUCAUUAGUGAAUCCUGCAAUAAAUUUACCCUGGCCACACAUGCAAAGUAGAUUGCCCCGUUCAUUGGUGAAUCGCACAAUAAAUGUAGGCUGGCGGCAGUGCAAAGUAGCAAUCAUACCAUUUCCCUGUGAAUCGCAGUAAAUAAAUUUGGAGCCACCCCACGUGCAAAGUCAUUUGGACAAUAGGGGCUGUCCAACUGCACAAAAAAAGAGGCAACCAGCUCAAAAGUUACUGCUUGGAAAUGGGCAUCACCUGUAGGGCUAGUUCCCAGGCAGCUUUCAUUUGAACCUGAGCUUUCCACAUGUCAAGGCCACACGUGCAGCCGGGGGCCCCUGCUACAGCCUGACCCAAUUAGCAGGGGCUCCGCGGGGGGCAGGCAGCACUUCGCGGGGCGCUGCACGCGAGUUCUUCAGGAGCAAUUAGCUCGUGGCCCCGCUGGGAAGACCUGCUCUUCCCUUCCCCCUGCCUGCGGCGGCGGCCGAGCUGUUUCCCUGAGCGGCGGCGGGCGCGGGGCGGAAGGGACGAGCCGAGCUCAGCUCCGCGCCCCCGCCUCGCGCUCCCGGAGCGGUGCAUUGUGGAGGGCGGCCGGCGACGCUGGGACCUGUCCAAGGUGCUGCCGCACCGCGAGUCCCUGCAGCUCCCCCGCCCGCCCCGCGGCCGCCCUGCUCCUCCCCGCGGCCGCCUCGGCGCCCCCUCCCGCGGCCGGGAGCACCAUGGUGUUCGUCCCAGGUGAGAAACCUGGAAAUGAACAAGAAGUGAGGUUGCAGAAUGCCAGCAAGCAGAUAGUGCAAGCUGCUAUCCUACAAGCUGUACAACAAGUCUCCCAGGAGAAUCAGCAAAAGGAGAAGAAAAUAAACAGCAGUGUGAGCCUCCAGCUAGAAAGAGGGGAAUUAACCAAGAAACAUGAAAAGAAGUAAAGGCAUGAACCCUUUGUUCUGGUCCUCCAGUUUGAAGUAAUUCCAGCCUUCCUUUUAGUAUCAGCUGUUGUUGCCAGUGCAAUGUUACUACUGUAAAGCAAACCAAAGUAUAAUCAGCACCUAGACCUAGAGUAAAACUGCAAUAGUCCUCAGCUGAGAAAUAUUAAGUGCAUUAGGUGACUAACUUCAUAUUUAUGCAGUGCCUCUUAAACAUAACAGAAAACAAUACUAUAGCUAUACAAGUAGUUUCAAGCACAAUCUUCUCUAAAGGUAGUUUUAUAUUCAAAAGCUUGUUGUUACUGCAUUUCUGUAUGAAUGUUGUGUGCUUCAUCUGUGUCUAUUCAACAGGCAAAUAUCUUCAUACAGUUAUGGGCUUCCCAAGGAUUAUCUGUGUCAACUGAACUAUGUGUUGUGGCGUGCUGGAGAAGAGCUUGAAACAUGAGUCCGUAUUUUUUUUCAUUGAGGCUGGGCUGCACAAAAUAGGAGCAGUAAAAUGGAUUUGGAAACUUCCAAGAACUAAUCUGAUUUCAACCCAAGAAAGUGUAAGGUCUAGAACUAUGAUCUAGAACUACUGGGUUUUCCUUUUUUUUAAGUAUCUUGAAGCUGAUCUAAAUAUUUAAUCUGCACAAAAGUCAUUUGUGCCUUUUCAUUUUGUCAAUAUUAAAAGAAGACAGGGGAGGUAUUAUACAGGUGCCUAACUCUUCCUUUGAUUUUGCAAACAUAUCUAUGCUUAGAUUUAUAAGAAUUAAAACUAAUGUCUAAAAUAUUUAAAGAUUUUUAAUUUAAAAUUUAUGAAAAUUCUGGUGGAUGAAAAUAUGCUGUGAAUUAAUCUGGGCAUUAUAGUCAUUUUCCAUUUGCUGGGUCUAAAAUAACUUCAGUUCUGUACAAUUUUCACAUAAAUUCACUUAAAUGGCAGUACACUUGGUUGGGGUUGGUACUUAAAUUCCCUUACAUUCUAAUACCAAAUUGCUGUAGAAAUGCACAAUAGCCAUGGGAAAAAUGUAUUCAAUACUACUUUCAAUUUAUGCUCAGCAAUUAAAAUGUAGGUUGUAUUCUUGUGCCGGUGACAUGAAGAACAGGUUAUUCAGGUCAAGGAAUGACCUAUACAGUUGCCUCAACAAAAUGUCUAUAUUAGUGGACACAAUGACAAGCAGGGGUGUGUGAUUUGUGGAGCCACAAACUACAUGUGUGGAAUGUUAAAACAUGGCCCAUGCUGCAAAUUUGCAGUGUGAGGACAAAAUUUGCUACUGGGAUUUCCAGGUAGCAAAAAAAAAGUGCUAGGAAAAAAAGCGGCACAGCACAUGCUACAAUAGCAUGCACUGGCACAAAUGGAGGUUUGGUCCUCCAGUGAGACACUCUGGCUGCCAUCCAGAGUGACUCUAUAGUCCAUUUCUACUCCAGCUACUCCAGCAUGCCAGGGGUCAGGAGGAGCUGGACAAGGGCAGUUUGCCCACAGCAGGAAAGUGUGUCCCACACCAUAUUUGUGCUGCUAGUAUUUGUGCCACUGCAGGUGCAUGCCCUGGCACAUCUGGAUGCGGCCAAUGGCUGCGAGUCAUAGUCUACGUAGAACGAUUUCAUUUGGAGAAGGGGAGACUAGCUUUUCUAACUGCCUUUGCUACUCAUGGAUAAGUUUCUUAGAGAAUCUUUUGGUUUAUGGAUGAAUUGGCUAUUACACAGCACAUCCCACAGCUAGUGCUGAAAACCUUCAGGGGUCUUUCUAGUGGCUGAAGUCUUAACUUCUUAAUAUCCACACAUGCUAUAAUGCUAACCUCCUAAAUCUGCAUGGUUGUAAUGUCUUUAACUGAUUAUUUACACCAGAUAAUAAUAUAUCUUAUUUUACUUAGGUAACUUAAUCUAUUUUAAUCUAUUUCAACAGGCAAAGAAAAAUAAUUCCAAAUGAUAAAACUAGUAUUUCUUAGCUCUUAAAAUAUGAAAAAUUGGACAAACGCUAAACAGCCUUCUCUUGCUCAUAUCAUAGUGCAUUUUACCAUGUACAUUUUCCGAGUGAAACAUCCAAAACCUAAGAGAAGGCACAAGUUAGUAGAUCACAAGUGCUAGCCUUGGGUUGAGGGAUGGCUCCUUUCUAGGCAAUCAAUAUCUUACUAAUCUCUCAGAAAGUUUAAAGAGCUGGCUCAAGAGUUAAUGGCCAAGUUUGUGAGCAGGCAGGGACUAUUUAUGAUAUGAUGGUAAGCUGGAAAGAUUUUAGCACUGAAGGUGUCAUUUUCCAUUUAUUAUAAAGUUGUUUUUACAUUGUCUUUUUAACGAAGAAAUGUUUUGUGUUGCACAACUUGAAUGGAUGGGAAAAAGGAAAGCAAUGUUCAGAUUCCCUAGACAACUUUUUCGGAGUGCUAGAAAAGAGACCGGGGGAAGAUAAAUGUAGAACUCAACCUAAGCACUUAACCUAAGACUAAGAUAUGACAACAAGUUAUGUUUAAUUUCUGGUGUGAGAUAUAUCCAUACAUUUGUUCAUAAUUUGGCAACACACUAAUUAUAUUGCAUAUAGAUUUUAUUAAGACCUAAACUGAAUAUUGCAGCUAGAGUUAGAAUAUCUUGCAUAAUUGUUUAUAAAAUCAUAAGCUGGGCAGACAACAUGUUAAUUCAAGUCUUUUUUUUCAAUGUCUAACUGGCUUUCCAAUAUCACAACAGCACCUGAAAAUGGAAUUUCUAUCCACAAUAAUAAACAUAUGCAAAUUAUCUUAGUGUCCUUUUGUAUGUGGUAACAUCAAAUACAACUGUCAAUGAAUUAAUACACUCUAGUAAAGGAUUUUUUAAGUUAAACUGACAAAGGUUAUUCACAUUUUGGAAAUGAAAGCACUCGGGAUAGAAUAUGUGCUUGAAAAAAAUAUGGCACUUGCUACAAACCACAGGUUAUCCACUUAUGCCCUGAUUUGGGGUAGAAUCUAUGAGAGUAGACCCACAGGCUCUUGCCUCACCUCACUGACCAAAACUAAUCUUUGUGAAAGUACAGGGAUCCAUAACCACACAGCUGUUUGUACAACCAGGUGCUUAGUGGGUUAAGAAGUGGUCCUCUGGUAAUAUAUUCCUGCUCACAGUAGCAAGGGACUAUCAAAAGCAGAGUUUCCUUUCAAGUUAUUCUCAUUAGUCAGGUUGUGGUUCUGUUUUGCUUGCUUAAAAAUGGAAGUGUUUCAUUCUCCUCAUACUUGCUUUCGUAGAAUUUUUGUCCUUUUAGAAUUUAAUUGGGUUUCAUGUAUGGACUUGCUAAUCCAAGACUAAAAAAAUACCAGUUCACGUUUUUUACUUAUUUGACUAGCACUUCAGGGACUUUACAGCAUACUUUUCCUUUUCUGUUCAUUAAAUAUUUAUGCAAAACAAGCUGCAGCUACAAAUUAAUGUUAUGAAAGAAAGGAAGCAUUUUUCAACGGUGUGUGGCAGAUGGUCUCUUUACUUACAUUAGACCAUUUAAAACAAUGCAACCUAUUUGCAUUUGCUCAAGACUAAAGCUGAAAGUAAAAGCGGCAAAAACACAACUUUUUUGUGUACUGAGAAGUUUAAAAUCUGAUGUAAGCUGAUAGCUGCAAAUUUGUAAAAUAUACGUAUGGACUCUGCUGAUUCAGAAAUAUCAACAUACCCAUAAAAUGUUUUCUGCAUGCAUCUGUAACUGAAAACCAUACAGAAUUCACAAUUUAUGUAGAAUGCAGCUGUUUGGCUGGUGUUGUGAGAUGGAAGGAGAAUAUUACAUCAGUCUACUGAAGCCUUGUCAUGUUCCCUGCCUGAUCUUGGAUUCAAUUCAAGGUACUGAUUGCAACGUAUAAACUCUUGGUUAAAAUGAAACUGGUCCUGUAAGGAAGUUAUGGCCAAACCCUUCCUGUGUUUAAUCAUAUAAUUGACCUCCUGCACAUCUGCUGAUUUCUUUUAGUAAAACUUUGUAUCACAAGGGACAUAGGAGACACUUGUGUAUCACACUACAGAACCAACCUAGCCCACAGGUUUCCAAAGUUGUUAAUCAUAACAACGCUAAGCUUCCUAAAUGCAUAUCUAGUAAAAUCAAACAAGCCAACAUUCUUAUAGGAACACCCCUAAAUAUAUAAUGGCCCUUAAGUCUUAACUAAAAAGUAUACACAUACACACAUUAGAACAGUAAGAACCAAUCCAGAUGAAGACAUGCCCAUUCUGUGUUAUGGUUUUACUAUAUCCUUUUAUCAUCCAAAUCAGAGCUUUCCAAACUUUUCAUGUUGGUGACACACUUUUUAGACAUGCAUCAUUUCACGACACAGUAAUUCAGUUUUACUAGCAAGCCGGAGGUUAAACUAACCCGUUAUAAGAGAUAUGGACGCAUACAUAAAUUGUAAUAACGAAAUGUAUGGGGACACAACAUAUCUCAUGAAAACCUUUCAUUUAUAUUUUUAAAAAUAUAUGAUUUGUAAGAUAAUAACAUACAAUGUUGUCUUUUAUGAGUAACAGUAUGUAAGUAUGUGCAAGAAUUAAAAAAAGUUGAAUAACACCAAUAACUACUUACCAUUUUAAUGGGAUGUAUGAGGUUGAUGGGAUGAACACAGUUUCUGAAUAUUUGGUGGAAUAUUAGAUAAAGACACUCGCAUUUCGUCAUCAAGCAUUUUUAAGCUUCCACGUUUCAGUGUCUUUAAGUUUGCCAUUGUUGCAAAGGAUACUUCACAAAUGUAUGUAGUAGAAAACUGCAGAAGAAUUUUUAACGCUUUUUUAGCUAUGUUUGGGUGCAUUUUUGAAUUGCGAAUCCAAAAGCUGUCUAAGUCACCCUCUUCAUACAUCAUUAACAGAUUUCGAUCAUUUUUUUAUGUCAGCUAAUUCUUCUUCUUCAAUAAGUGAAAAGUUCCUCAUUGCAGUUGAAAGAAAUGGAUUUCUGAUCCAAUCAUAGUUUUGGAUUUCAACAUUUGGGAAGUAAUGCUGAAUUUUCUCUCCGAGCAAUGUUAAAUGGUCAACAAUUAGCAAGCUGAUCACAUUUUAGCUCACACUCAGCAGUUUUGGAAAACAUUUCAAAAUUUCCUUCUUUCACUUUCCUUUUCCAAAUUGCUAUUUUGUCUCUCAUAGCACAAAUUUUAUCUACCGCUGUUAAGAUAUUUUCUCCUUUUCCUUGCAUACUGGUGUUUAUUUUAUUCAAAUGUUCAAGUAUGUCAGCAAGAUAUGCCAAUUUUGUGCACCAAAGUUUGUUUUGAAUUAGAUUGCAGAAUUCAUUUUGCUGAUUUUCCACAAAAAGUUUAAGCAUCAUUUCCCUCAAUUCGUAUACACGACAAAGCACUCGACCUCUUGAGAGCCAGCGAACUUCUGUGUGUAGUAGAAGCUUUUUAAACCAUGCCCCCAUUUCUUCACAAAUAUGAGCAAAUAAUCUUGAUUGAAGAGGUCUACUUUUAAUGUAAUUGACCAUUUGAACCACUUUGUCCAAAACUUUUCUUAAUUCAUUUCCAAUGGUUUGCGCGACUAGUGCUUUGCGAUGUAAAAAGCAAUGAGUAAUUAUAAUAUUUUCAUUCUCUUUCUUUGCUAAAGCUAUAAAACCUUUUGUUGAACCAACCAUUGAGGGUGCGCCAUCUGUGCAUAUUCCUACACAAUUUAACCAUUGCAAAUUAUUUUCCUUCAUGAAACAAUCUAAAUUUUUAAAUAUAUCUUCACCUCUAGUUCUCAUUGGAAGUUCUAGACAAUACAAGAAUUGCUCAAUAGUUCUGUCAGUAUGAAUGAAACGUAUAAAAACCAAUAAUUGUGCUAACCCACUGACAUCUGUUGCUUCGUCUAAUUGCAAUGUAAAGAUCAUAUUAUCGUCUUGAAAAAUAUCCUUCAUUUGCUGCUUAAUGUCAUCAGACAUGUCUUGAAUACGUCUUCCAAUCGUGUUAUCUGCCAAAGGGAUUUUAUUAACUUCCAUCUCAAAUUCGGGCCCAAACAUUGUUCAAACAAUAGCACAGCAAGAUUCCUUUAUGGUGGUUUUGGCAAUAGUGUGUGGGUCCUUGUUUUUGGCAGUUAUUUGAGCAACCAAGUAACUUGCCUUUUGAGCUUUCUCUGAUGUCUUUAUUCUCUUUGUGAAUGAUGCAGACUGCUUCUUUAUAGAUUUUGAAAGCUCAAUAAAGUAUUCUACUGGUUUUUCUGACAAA